CCGGGGCCCGCAGUCCGGUCCCGGGCUUGGUCUGGGCGUCAGCAGGGCCGUGGCAGGAAGCCGGAAGCAGCUGCGGCCCCAGCUCGGGAGACAUGGCGGGCGUUAAAGCUCUUGUGGCAUUAUCCUUCAGUGGGGCUAUUGGGCUGACUUUUCUUAUGCUGGGAUGUGCUUUAGAAGAUUAUGGCGUUUACUGGCCCUUGUUUGUCCUGAUAUUUCACGCCAUCUCUCCCAUCCCCCAUUUCAUUGCCAAAAGAGCAACGUAUGACUCUGAUGCCACAAGUAGUGCCUGUCGGGAGCUGGCAUAUUUUUUCACUACUGGGAUUGUUGUUUCUGCCUUUGGAUUUCCUGUUAUUCUUGCCCGUGUGUCUGUGAUCAAAUGGGGAGCCUGUGGCCUUGUGCUGGCAGGCAAUGCGGUCAUUUUCCUGACAAUUCAAGGUUUUUUCCUUGUAUUUGGAAGAGGAGAUGAUUUUAGCUGGGAACAAUGGUAGCACUUUAUUCUGAUAAAUUGCAUUUUAUUUCUUAGAAGUCAUACUAUAUGUAUUUGUGUGCACACGUGGCCUUUUACUAUGAAAUUUCAUAUGCUAUUUUUUUAUACCUUUAUGUCAUGUUCACUAUGAGAAGGACUACAUGAGAGAAAGCUUCGUUUUGUUUCCAGCUAGUGGACUUCUCCGUUUGCUCAAGUUGAAUUCUGUUACUUGUGUGGCUGUGCAUAUGGUCAUGGUGCUCUCAGAAGAUAUAGUAACACAGUCUCGUGCACAGCCGUUUACUUGUGCAACGCCUGGGGCUGAGCGUGGGUGGGCAGACAGCACUGCAGCACGUCCCCGUUCUGCUCAGGACUUCCAGGAGGUACUUGUGGCCCGGAGGGACAGAGUGGCUCCCUCUUUGUGUGGUAGACCCUUGCUUCUUGAAAUGUGGUCCACAGACACUGGCAUCUCCUAGAAGCUGGUACAUACAGAAUCUGAGGCCCCACCCCAGACCCAGUGCGUUUGAGAUGAGCUCCCAAGUGAAUUACAUGCACGUUAAAGUUUGACAGGUGCUGUCCUAGAGGAAUAAGUAUCACUUCCAGUAGCCUUGUCUUCCCUUUGGCGGAACCACUUAACCUCUCUGGGCACGAACUGCUCAUUUAUAAAAACUUGUUUCAUCUGCCUGCAUGUUGAGGCCACUUCAGAGUCCCUUUGGUAUUUGUGAAGUGUCCAAACCUGUAUUGUUCCUCACAUUGGUAGAAUUGUUCUCAGUAGGGAACAGCCAUGUCUUCACGCUGUCUGAAAGGCAAUGGCUCUUUUUGCAGAGCCAGGGGAACAGUGUAACGCCGGAGUAACAGAGUAACUGGGCUCUCCGAAGGAGGCCAGGCUGGAAGCGGUCCCUGCUUUAGCAGGUGCGCGAGAGCAGAUAGACAAUACUUCCUAAUUUCCUGUUAUAAGCCCACACUUCUCCCCAGCUCCUUCUCUGUGCUGUUUUCCCCCUCCGUCCCCCACAAACACACACCCUCCCAGCAGUUCUGAUUUGCCCUGACAUCCUCACAGCCCUGGCUUUGCCUCUCUAUGGGGACAUGGAGCCAAGUUAGCAAACAGGGUGAGCUGCUUAAUUUCAGUCACUUGUUGAUAUACUUACUGUCUUUCUUGCCUCGUAGAUCUUUUUAUAUAUAUCUAUAAAACCCCUCUGCUGCUUUUAAGUGAAUCAUUGAGAAUAUGUGUCACGCUGGAUCCUGUAAUCAGUUUUUCUAGCUCAACUUUUGUCCAAGAUCUAUAAAGAAAGAGAAAUAUGGGAGCUUGAACCAUUUGGUGAGAAUACAGUAAUUUUAAAGGAU